UAACCCCUUUCCUUAACCAUUACCUUAACCAUUUUACAUGUCAACUUCAAUUGGUUAGGGACGUCCUAAAGAUCCCGGUUUGCACGGACUAAACAAAAUAGUAGCCAGAAAGCAUGUAAAUUGACAGAGUCACGUGAACAGAGAAAGAGAAAUCCAUAGAAGAAUUUGCUGAAACUCUAUGGGGGAACGCACGUUGGAUCAUGCACUCUAAAGUAUGGUCGCUUGAAUCAGAAUAUUCGACUGACGCAGAAGAAUAAACAAUAUCAAGACCAGCAGAGUUUAUAUCAACGAAGUUUGGAGCGGAAACUUGGCAGGGAAACAUGGACGAAGGAGGGGUGGGCAAAGGUGGCGAUAGAGGAGAGGAGCCAGGAUCCUUGCAGGGUGGGCAGCAACAGUCCAUGCACGGCGCAGGCCACUGCAAGUGGUUCAAUGUGCGGAUGGGCUUCGGGUUUAUAUCCAUGACUAGUCGUGGGGGAACUCCCGUAGAUCCUCCUAUGGAUGUAUUUGUUCACCAAAGCAAACUACACAUGGAGGGCUUUCGCAGACUGCAGGAGGGAGAGCCACUAGAGUUUACCUUCCAGUGGUCCCCCAGGGGCCUGGAGUCUGUACAAGUCACAGGCCCGGGGGGAGGCCCCUGCUCGGGCAGUGAGAGGAGACAGAAACCCAAACCCCUGGCCCCACCGCAGAGAUGGAAGCCAAAGGGAGACCGAUGUUAUAACUGUGGAGGACUAGACCACCAUGCCAAAGAGUGUGGCCUGCCGCCCCAGCCAAAGAAGUGCCACUACUGCCAGAGCGCGACGCACAUGGUGGCCCACUGUCCUCACCGCCCCCCCGGCCCCUUGUCUCCCGGCCCUGCCACAGCCACUCAGGGAAGACGCACUACUGUGGACCAGUACCCCUCUUUCUUCACCACCACCUCCUACAGCCCCAGUCCCAGGCAGGGAAACAGGCACUCCCAGCCCUCUCAGGACAGUUCCUCCCCCCUCAGCAAGUCCUCCAGCAAGUCCUCCAGCUCUCCGGAAGACCCGGCACAGAUCCAGAGGAGAUCUGGAGGACACCACAGGUGGAAACAAUCCUGAUCCACAUCCACCAUGGACGGAUGCCACCUGUUAGUAUUACCUCUGGUCCAAUAAAACCACCUUCCUUCAGUCUGAUCAGUCUCCUCCUCACACAGACACAUACUGAGCAACCUCAAGCAGAUCCACAUUUCUAACCAAAUGGACAGUAAAGUAUCUAUUUUACUUCCACAAUCCCUCCCAGACUUUCCCUCUACCAAACGCUGUACAUCUUAGCUACCUCCUGGGCCAACUCAAACCAUCUCCACAUAGAUAGACCUAUACUCUUAGCUACCUCCUGGGCCAACUCAAUCCAUCUCCACAUAGAUAGACCUAUACUCUUAGCUACCUCCUGGGCCAACUCAAUCCAUCUCCACAUAGAUAGACCUAUACUCUUAGCUACCUCCUGGGCCAACUCAGUCCAUCUCCACAUAGAUAGACCUAUAAUCUUAGUUACCUCCUGGGCCAACUCAAUCCAUCUCCACAUAGAUAGACCUACACUCUUAGCUACCUCCUGGGCCAACUCAAUCCAUCUCCACAUAGAUAGACCUAUACUCUUAGCUACCUCCUGGGCCAACUCAAUCCAUCUCCACAUAGAUAGACCUCAACUCUUAGCUACCUCUUGGGACAGAUUCAGCCUCAUCUACCUCAGAUUGGUAGCACAGGAAUGGUCAGUCACCCUUGUUUCCAUCGCUCAGUCAGGUUCAUUGACAUCCGCUCUACUAUCAAUUGCAAUAAGAAGACAACUGGGAAUGGGACUGACACACAAACAGCCAAAGCAAUCUUGUUCUUUCUUUUUUGAUCGUUUACCUGAUCUGAACCAUAUUGUCCCAAAGCUCAGUCUGUUCAAAUUCACCAUUCACCUGGAUUCACCAUUCACCUGGAUUCACCAUUCACCUGGAUUCACCUGGG